AUGGUCGACCCCAAUGGAGUUGUUGGAAAAAAUGUUUCUCUACCUUCACGACUGCAGCCACCGGAAAUCGGUGAGGACUGGACAUCGGAAGAUGCCGCCGAUCAACCGACCAUCAUCAAUACCCAAAUGGCCACAUACGACAUUUUUAUCGAUGAUCUUCGAAAUAAGAUCAUACGUGCGCAAGCGAAAAACGAAGAAUUGGAAAAACUCUGUGAACUUGCAAAAGGUUAUUUGGGAGAUUUUGCUGGUGAAGUGGAGAGUGCAAUUGUUGAACUGAACAAUAACAUUGCAUCGGAGGUGAAGAGAAUCAAUGAUAACAAAAAAAAGUGCGAAGAAAUUGAAAACUCGAGCGAAGAACUGAGGUCGAAACACUUGCUGGCGGUAAAACUGUCGGAGGAAAAAUAUGAGAAGACUCGAACUCGAUUUUAUGCCGAAAUCAAAGCUCUAAAUGCCAGAGUGAACGCCAUAGAAGAUUUCAAGUCAAAGGCAGACAAUUUAAAGGCAAGGUACGAUCGCCAAAACGAAUCGAUCUUACGAAAAGAAGAAGAGAUGCAACAAAAGCUGAAACAAAUUCAACUCAAGUCGAUAGAACACCAGGAGAACUUGAGGAAAGAAGCAUACAAAGGAAUACUCGAUGUGUCUCAAAACUUCCAACUCGAGUUGAAAAACACUGCACCUCAAACUACACAGCGGCUUAUGCGUGAAAACGUCAUUCUUGACAAUCAGCUGGAUCAAUUUUUCGAUGAUUUUAGUAGAAUGAAACAAGACAGCUCAGAGCAAGGGACUCAAAUGGACAGUUGGGUGGGAAAAAUUAAAGAAGCACAGAAGAAUAAACAGAAUUAUAUUCAGUCGAUAAAAAUACAAAAUGUAGCUUUGAAAAAAUUAAAAAGGACAGUGAUCAGGAUGGAAACGUUAGAGCCCUUCCAACAGCCCGAAGGCUUUGAACAAAAGAGCUUGAAACUAUUGGAAACCAUGAAUCUGGAAUUUUCGAGGAAAGAUUACUAUAGACGUGUACUAGAAGUAAUUGCUCAUCGAGAGAGUAUUAAAUGCACAUUGACAAACGAGUUGAAAACGAAAACCUCAUCUGCACUGACGAAAUGCUGUGAUGUUCUGAAUUUGCUGAAACGCGUCGUGAGUUCUGCUUUAAACAUUCGAACAAGUAUUUCUCUGAACUUUAAAAAUUGGGACUUACGAACUUUGGCCUACUAUUUAUUAGAUGUGAUCGAUGAUUAUGACUCUCAAAAGUCAACUUUCAGCUUAGACUUGCUGGAAUCAGAUUCAACAAGUAUACAGAGUAUGCACGCUGAAAGCGACGAGGAAAAUAAGUAUGUUGAAAUAAAAGACUUAGAUCAGGAAGCAGACAAUUUUGACGCUAUGGCUCACAGAACAUCAAUAAUUGUAAAAGAUCAACAUGACAGUUCAGCUAGUUCAAAUACUAGUACAGAUGAGUCAGUAGGUAGUAACAAGGAAAUCAUUAAGAAAAAGUCAAUUACCUUCAGUGAAACAGGAAUAAUAAUGGAAGAUGAAGAAUCCGAAGAAACUUAUUUUAAUUAUGGGUUCCAUGAUGUGUACGAAGAUUUUUUGAAUCAUGAAAGAGAAUAA